UGGACCCACUCUCUCUCUUUCUGUCUCGUCUGCCACUCAAAGUUUCUGCAUAUAUUCCAUACCUUUCCAUUUCCACAGAGCACGAACGGAAACGGAAAGGUGAGUUGCUUUUCACAAGAUGGAGCGUCAGAAAUUGUGUGAAGAGGCGAAGGUCGAUGAAAAAACGGUGACAUAUGAGUUAGAGGCGGCGGAAGUUCUGGCGGCCAUGGCUCGCUGCUCCUCUGUCUCGGACCUGCGCGAAGAGCGACUCCAGACCGAGUCAGUGUGUACCCACUUCUGCCGACGCCAUCGAGGACUGAAGUUUUCUGGAAAUUUAUCUACUUCAGUAGCUAACCCUGUAGACCCUGAGCAAAAUGUUGAAACUACAACUCGUCAAUUGUGCAGUACAAGUUAUCCUUCGAAUGCUACCAUCAAGUCGAGGCGGACAUUGUCAGAGGCUUACAAGGAAGAACAAAGGCGUCGCCGUGUCUUAGCAAAUAGAGAAUCUGCUAGGCGGACAAUUCGCCGCAGACAGGCACUGUACUCGGAGCUAACUCAGAAAGCAGCUGAACUUUCAGCAGAAAAUCAGCAUUUGAAGAGGGAAAAGGAGGUGGCCAUAAAGGAGUACAAUUCCUUGAAAACCAAAAAUGAAUGUCUCAAAGUACAGAUGGCUAAGAUAACAGAGGCUAAAACCAAAGAAAUUCAAGAAGAGUCAACGUCUGCCCUGGCUGAGAAAUCUGCAUCUACAUCAAGAACCCCUCCAGUUUUCCUCUGCAACCAUCUUUUUGGAUUACCUGUCUUUUGGCCACCCGUUGGUCCAUCAUCAGAUGUUCCCCAAGUUCAAUGUACAUUGUAUGAUGAUGCCGCCGUGUCAUCACAACUUCCUCUACGACUGAGGGAUAUUCCGUGUUCGCAUCCAGCAAAAGACAACUCCACGAGUCUUAAUAAGCCAGGAGCUCCUCUAUUUGUAUUUCCUGUACCUUGGCCUUUUCCGUUUCUCUCUCAUAGUAGUACAGUUAACUCCCAGUCAGCCCUCAACUACAGACAAAAUGAUAAUUCACCCAGUUUCCGAUGCUGCACGUGUUCCUCUUCAGAUACUCUGGUGCUUGCAGAUAACUACCAAUUGUUGCCAACCACGAAAAAGAUGCCAGAAGCUUCCAGUUCUAUGCAAAUCGCAUCUCUAGGAAAUAUCCCUGGAACCAGUUCUAGUUUUCCUCCAGGUGAUGGUGGUCAGCAAUUGGAGCCUCAACCUAAAGGGGCUAUCCAUGUUUCUGCAACACCAAAUUGCACGGGACGGACAGCAAGCUUUAGACGUCGUACAAUUGCCCAGGUAGAUGAUUCGUCUGGUGUCGAAGCUCUUUCUUCUGACCCUGAGCAUAUGGCACAGGCUUUGCUGAAAAAUGAAAAACUGAUUAUCUGUUCUAAUGGGAAGUCAAAGGGCAACAUUGCUUCAACUGAGGCCAGGAGGAAGAGGAAGGAAUUGCGAACACUGAAGAAACUCCAUUGCCGUUAAAAUGGUACAAGCAGUAAAGAUUCUGGCAAGUGCUAGUGAAGAAUACAACAUCGUAUUCUCUCCUCUCAAGACAAGGACCAGAAUAUCUAGCCCUGGUGCCGCAAAUUGUAUUCUCUUAAGAUAUUUCGUGUCUAUAUCCUUCAGAUGGGAAGCUAGUUGUAAAUUAAUCUUUGACGUAUAUCUAGAUAGAUCUCUGUCUUGUAAAAAUGCGGAAAAUUUAAUAGAAAGCUUUUGUCAAUGAUGCUUUUC